AUGUUAUAAAAAGUAAUACUCAAAACAAAAAUUUACAGUUGGAUCUUAAUAAUAUGCUCUGGAAUAGUAACUUUGUUAGCUUGUAUAUUAGCAGGUUCAGUGAAUGAUUAAGAAGUAAAGAUUUAUGGAACUCUUUAUAUAAUUACAGCAUUAAUAUUUAUGGGAAUAAACUGUUAUAUAUUGUAUAGAUUAUAAACAAUUAAUCUGAUCAAUGCAGAAAUCAAUAAUUAUAAUUGCUUUUAAUCAUGGAAAGUGUUACAUGAUUCAAUUCUAAAUAAUUCAGAUUUAUGGUUUCCAAAAUAUGUUUUAAAAUGCUUAGUUAUCAUAGUAUUUCAUAGUACUCUUAGUUUCAUAACAAGAUUGAAAUAUCAUAAUGAUAAGUUUGAGUUCACAUAAAGUAUUUCAUAAUUAAAUUAGAUAUUUCAAUUUCAAUUGUACUUUUUGUUAUCAUCUUUAUUUUUGGAUUCUUAUUGUAGUUUUACUUGGUGAUCUAGUUAAUAAAAAUGUUGGCUGAUUUUAAAGAUUAUUCUAGAGAAAUAGUCUUUACUUUUCACAUUAAGGAAUCUUUAUAAGAGGAGAAAUUAUAUAAAAGAGGUAUUACAAUGAUUGCAAUAAUCUUUAUGCUUGGUUCUAUUGGAUAUUAUGGAAUUAAAUUAGCUUUGUAUAUAAUGAUAGCCAAGAAUAAUGAAGAAACAAAUAAUAAAGUAUUUUCAAUCAUAGUGGCAAUCUUGAAUGUAAGUUGCAUAAUAUUAUGUUCAAGAAUAUAUAGAUAACUUAAAUCUAUUUACAAAUAAAUUCCAGAUAUUUAAGAUGUGAGAAUAUAUAGUUUAAAUAUUCCAUGUUUUACAGGAUGGUUUAUUUUGGUUAGAUCUUUAGUUUUUUGUAAGAAAUUUAGAUUUUGGAGAAAUUUAACAUUUAUAUUAUUGUACAUCUAAACAAUUUAUGGAUUAAUAAAAUUUCCUUUUUAUUAGAUAUAUAAUGUUACAAUAGUAUAAAUGUACAGUCUUGAAUCUUAUUUAUAUUGUGAUACAGCUAUAAUAGUAGCUUUAAUGUUUUGGUAAUUUAUUGAAUAAUUCGCACGUGUUGUUCACUAAAUUAAGAGAAAAUAUCUUGCAUAUCAAUUAGAGGAUCGUAGAGUAUGUUAUUAAUUCAUUAUAAUAGUAAAAUAUCAUCUUGCCAAUUACAAUAGAUUUAUAAAUAAAUGAUUAAGGAAGAAUUAAUAAUCAGUAAAUCAUAGAUAAUUUAGUAGAGAAUGCAUAAGAAGAUUAUGGAGAAUGCUGUUUUUGUUUAGAUAAAAUUUCAAAAGGGUAAAGAGUACAUAAAUUAAAAUGUCAUGCUACUCAUAUUUUCCAUUAUUAUUGCAUGUCAAAAUGGUUAGCAAAUCAUAAUAAUUGUCCUUUGUGCUAAUAAAUUAUAAAUUGA